CCACUCUGAAUUUAUUUCAAUAGAUCAGAAUAUUGUAACUGAAUAAACGUAAAUAUAUUUCUAGACAUUACUAGAUCUACUAGAUCUAGAUAUGUUUCCUAGGCCUUGUAGCUUAAAUGAAUGUUUAAAUUGUUGAAUGAUUUCAUUUGGUGACUGUCAUAAUGUCUUGGGCCAGUGAACUAGCUGCAGAGCUGGUAUGUCGACCGUUGGGCUUAGUCGCUCUAACAGGCUUAGAUACAACCUACAAUGCUGUUCAUAAAGCUAUUUGGGAUUCAUUUUGCAACAACAGGCGUUCAGACAGAGUCCCUCUUCAGUUUAAAGUCUGUAAGGCAGACCAUGAAUAUCCCAAGUGUAAGCAAAAGAGAUCUUCAUAUGAGUGGUACAUACCAAAAGGAAUUCUAAAAACAUAUUGGAUGCACAAGCAUUUGCAAGAAAUACCUGCCGUUGUGGUCAUAUUCUUUGAUCUUGAUUGGGAUGAACCAUUAUGGAAAGAAAGACAAAUGGAAUGUGCCACACGUCUUGAAAUUGUCAGAAACAGUCUUCAAGGAAGAAAUACUAAAAUUGCUGUGGUUCUGAUACAGAAAAAUGCACCAUUACCCCCUGGUGAAGACCUAAUGGCAGCAGAGAGAGCUGUUUCCCUCUGUUCUGCCUGUGAAAUAUCUGCUAAAGCUUUGUAUGUCCUGCCUCACACUGACCAUCUUAUUGGCUACACCAUGAGACUAGAAAAUGCUUUCUUUGAACAAGCCCAAGCCUACUACCAUCAAGAAGCAAGAAAGGUUAAAUCUCACAAGGAUUUCCUGAAUAAAACAACACAUCAGCUUUUGUUUGUAAGGCAUCAGUUUAAGAGUGGAUUCUUUAAUGAGUUAAAACAAGAUUCAAACACAGCUAUUAAGCAUUACAAACAAGCAUAUGGGUAUAUUCUGGACUUAAGAAUGCAUGACACUAACAUGCUUGAGAUUAAAACAGUUGCAGGGUUUAUCAAUUAUAAGAUCUGUCGACUUUCUUUUCAACACAAUGCCCCACUGGAUGCCAUAGCUCAGUUCCGUAAACAUAUAGAUUUCUUCAAAUCUAAGACAGGAAUUCCUGAGUUGUCAUUUGAACAUAGUGCAUGGAUGUCAAAACAAUUUCAAGUAUUUGGUGACCUAUUUGAUGAGGCCAUCAAACUUGGACUGACAGCCAUUCAAACACAACAUCCUGGGUUCUACUAUCAACAAGCUGCCAAUCAUGCUAUAUUCAGGAAACAGUUGUGCUUAGGAUUGUGCAUGCAACCUCAAGAUAUGAAAAGUGCUGAAAUCAUAGCAGAAUACCUAGGACCAGUGGACUUCUAUGGUCAAAGAAAGUGGAGACAAGGUCAUCAAAGCAUAGAACCACCAGAUCUGUUGAAGGAAAGGGAGGGAAUCUUAGCUCUACAGACCAAAGAGAGACAAGUUGAUCACUCUUGGCUUAUCAUUCCACUUUUGAGCAGCGCAGUAGCACAGUUUCGUAAAUACAAAUCUCCUAGAAUGAAGAGGUUUUUGAUGGUUCAGAUGGGCGAAGAAUAUUACCAUGCCAAAGAUUAUGUAAAGGCUCUCUUGCUGUUGAACAAAGUGAUGUGGGACUACAGGGGAGAGAGAUGGUGGAAGCUGCUAACUUCAAUACUGGAAAUCUCAUUAAAAUGUGCUUUCCUGACCGCCAAAGUCCAAGAGUAUGUGUCCAAUUGUAUGGAGCUUAUUGGUAGAUAUUCUCAAUGCAGUCAAGACGAGAAAGUCAGAAUACAAAUGAACUUGAUCAGAGUUAUGUCUCAAGAGGCACCAGACACAGAGCCAGGACUAGAUCAAGCCUGCAUAGAGAAGGCCAGCUCUCUGUGGAUGGAGUUUCGUUCACAGCCUUCUGUGUUUACUAUUGAAAUGAAUGGUCUCAUUCCUUUUAUUGAAACAAAAGCCUGCUUUGUGAAUGAAAUGGUGUCAGCAGAUCAAAGGGUAACUGUUGAAGUUUGUCUCAGAGUAGGAUGCCCUUUUCCAGUGAGAUUCUCUAAGCUUUUGGUUCUGUUUACCAAUCAGAAAUACAAUGCCCACUGUAUGAUGACAGACAGACAUGCAACAGCAGCCUCGUCAGAGAAUGAUGCAGAUUCUGGUGAUUUGUUUCUUAAACCUAACGAACCUCGAGUUUUUACAUUCUCCUUUCUGCCUCUGAAUGAAGAUGUAGGGAAACAAAUAGAGAUAUCAUCACUUGCACUAGAAAUGGGAUCUGAUGCAGGAUGUUGCACAAUUUUACGAUGGACAGGUGGUGGUGGUGAUAACCUAGUUCAGCCAAUAGGGCCCACGCGGCCAGUCAUUAAACCAACAGUGCCAGGUGCUCCUGUUGACUGGGAUGCCUUUUUGGUCAAUCCAAUUGUUAGAGUUAGUCCAAGAAAAGCUUUGUUGGAGGUUAAAGUUGAACAUGAAGCUCCAUGUUUGUUGAAUGAAGUAUACUCCAUGCAGCUGAUAAUAGAAAACAAAGAGGAAGUACAAAUUCAUGAUGUUAGGGUUUCUUUAGGACUUCAAGAAUUGGAAGGAAACCCAGACAAUUCUACUCAAGUAACCAAUGAUGUGUCAGAGUUUGAUGAUGCUGCUCCCUCCACCAACUGUGAAAUUGAUCUUGGAAUCCUCAAGAAAGGACAAAAGGUUACCCAACAGUUCUAUGUGAAAUGUCUUCAUUCAGGGAACAGAACAAUUAUUGCAAAUGUGAAUUACAGUGUUGGUGUUGUCAUUGGACGGCAGAUGAUCACAUGUGACUGUCAGGCUGAGGAACUCAUCAAUCUUUCAACUGUCAGGCCAUUUGAUGUCUCUAUUAAGUUGGAGUCUAUCAAAUUUGAGACCAUCGAGGCAGUUCAUGCAGAAGACCCAUUCCUACUUACUACUGACAUUCGUUGCUCAUCACCAUGGCCAAUUGAAAUGAAGAAUAGUUCCCUCUUACUGAGUGAAUUUAUCAAAACUGCUUGUGAUGAAUAUGAGUCUCAAAUUGCAGGAGUUCGUCUAAACAAGUCAGAUUGUGGGGCUGAAUGUAUUUGCCUAGUUGCAUCUGCUUGUGUACAGCCUUCUGUGUCGCUUGGAUCUUAUACCUUGGAAUGGAGGAGACAAACCCCCAACAGCAGAGAUCUACCAUAUGUAACCACCAGUUUUCCACUACCCACUGUAAACAUUGAGCACAUUCCCAUCACAGUCCAUGUUUCACUGCCUGCGUUUGGAAGAGUCAAAACCCUCUUGCCACUGUGCUACUCAGUCAAGAACAGGACACCGUAUGUCCAGGAGAUACAGAUCAGCAUGGAGUCAACUGAUAACUUCAUGUUUUCUGGAAACAAACAGACACAUUUCCGAGUACUGCCAAGUCAAGAAUAUAAGCUGUACUACAACUUCUUCCCACUGGUGGCAGGGCAGGUGUCGCUGCCGAGACUCCACUUAGACAUGAUCCGAUAUCCUGGGACAAUGGAUGACAUCAUCAACAAAAUGCUGCCAACCCAUAUAUUUAUUAGGCCAAUAGGGAAGAUACCUCCCGUGUGAAAAAAGCAAAGUACUCUUUUCUGGCACACUGUGCAAUAUCUUCAACCUUAAAGCUGUUAAAAUUACAUAUUUAAAAUUGUAGCUUCUUAACACUUUAAAAUGUCUUAAAUAAAAUUGUUUUGAAGUGUCUUAUAAAUAAGGCCAUUAGAAAUUGUUCUGGCUUGUGAUUUAGGUUGUAUUUUGAUACAUUUUUAAGUUAACUAUAUAUGUAUGUAUUUACUAUUUUGUUGGACAAUACACCUUUAACAACUGAAGCAUAACUGUCUAGAUUGUAUAUAGGAUGAAAGACUAUUAAUGUUAAAUGUUUUGUUUUAGUUAAUUAAAAUAAUGUAGUGCAUGGACCUCAUGUCAAAUUUUAAAAUGUUUUCCCAGUAUUUUUAUAUGUUCAACUUUACAACCUAAUAGUUAAAUCACUCUGUGUAUUGAGCAAUGUAUUGAAAACAAAAAUAUUUAUUUUUGGUGAAUUAUUACCAAUUUUACAUUACUGUGGUAUAG